UUAAAAAUUAAUUCUUUUAUCUUUACAAAAUAGACUUCAUAAAACUCAAAACAAGUUAGCAAUUUCGCAGUUGCGAUAGAAAGAGGUCAAGAUGACGGACCGCAAUGAAAACACCUUCUCUGUGUACGAUUACUUGGUGUUUGCCGCCAUGCUGCUCGUCUCAAGUAUUAUUGGAAUUUACUUCGCCUGCGGAGGAAAACAGAAGAGUACAAAAGAAUAUCUUAUGGCUGGUAGAGAUAUGUCCUGGUUCCCAAUAUUUGUUUCCCUCCUGGCGUCUUACUUGUCGGCCAUCACGCUGUUAGGUGUUCCAUCGGAAGUAUACACAUACGGUAUCCAAUACAUAGUUUUAAUUCUCUCUUACUUCAUCUUGGUUGGUGUUGGAGCGUACAUCUUCCUACCAAUGUUUUAUCACUUGCAGAUUGUCAGUUCAAAUGAGUAUUUGGAACGAAGAUUUUCAGUUUGGGUGAGAUUCUUAGGAUGUGGACUUGUCAGUUUGCAAUAUAUUUUGUACCUCGCUGUUGUCUUGUUUGCACCGAGUCUUGCGCUGGAAGCAGUUGCUGGCGUACCAAUUGCCGCUACCAUCAUCUCAACUGGUGUGGUCUGUACUUUUUACACAACAUUGGGCGGUAUGAAAGCCGUAAUUUGGACGGAUGUUUUUCAAGCCGGAGUUAUGGUUGCAGGUUUAAUUGUUGUCAUGAUCGUUGGCUUGACAGAAUUAGGUGGAUUCACUGAAGUUUUCAACAGAGCACAGGAGGGAGAAAGAUUAAAAAUUUUUGAUUUCAAUCCAGAUCCAAGAGUACGAAAUACAUUUUGGACACUCUCCAUCGGUGGGGCUUUCACAGCUAUGCCGGUAUGGACUGUAUGUCAACCUGCAGUGCAAAGAUUUCAAGCAGCAAAGACAAUGAAAGAAUCACGAAAGGCUCUUUUGAUGAACAUACCUGGAUUAAUUAUUAUUGUGUUGUUGUGUGUGAUGGAUGGCUUAGUCAUCUAUGGUGUGUAUGCUGACUGUGACAUCGGUACUUAUGGAAGAAAGUUUGUCACAAGCAAUGAUCAAGUUUUGCCUUACUUUAUCAUCCAUAAAUUGGGAAAAUAUCCAGGUGUUCCAGGAAUCUUCACUUCCUGUCUCUUCAGUGGAGCUCUGAGCACUGCUUCCUCUGGUAUGAAUUCAAUCUCAGCAGUCAUGUUGGAAGAUAUUGUAAAGAAGAUAAAACCUGAUAUCAAUGAUGCUUCUGCUACACUUGUAUCGAAAAUAAUUGCCUGCUCACUUGGUGUCCUGGUUAUUGGUCUAGCAUUUUUGGUCUCCAUUUUUGGAACUAUGGUUCUACAGCUUGCGUACAGUAUCUUCGGCAUCUUGGGCGGCCCAUACUUAGGACUCUUUUUCUUAGGCAUGAUGGUACCAUGGGCCAAUUCUGUGGGAGCGUUUUGCGGUGCAUUUUUGGGCGUGUCCAGUACAUUGUGGCUAGCUAUUGGUGCAAUUAUGCAUCCGCCCAAUAAACAUGCAGCAGUUGUUAAGGUAACAGGAUGUAAAGAAUUCCAUUCAAAUACGACCUUCACUAAUACAACAAUUUCUCCAUUGAUGAACGGGACGGGUAUCAUUCGACCAUCAUUGGAUUUCAAACCAUCAGACAACGCAUUAUCCUCUUGGUAUUCGAUUUCUUACCUAUGGUAUGCAGCAAUCGGAGUCAGUUUCACCUUUGUUGCCGGAUGCAUAUUCAGUUUGAUCUACAGAGUGAUUUAUAAAGCCAUAUGCGGCCAUGUAAAAAAAGAAAACUCCGAUCCAGAAUUGUUGUUCGAUUACAAAGCUUUAUUCAGCUUUUUCAUCCCUGGCAAGAAAAGACUUGCGAGAUACAGUUUACGAAAUCGCCAAGACAGCAGACCCAUCACUAAGGAAGAGGAAGUAUAUCCAUUACGAGAAAGAAAGCAACAGUAUACUUGAGGCUGAGCUUUCAGUAAUGGGCAACGGCCAAACGCAGUUAUAACCAUUUCAACCUAUCCCAAGUGGAAAUACGAUACAAUGUCUACAUGGAACUAUUAUGGCCGACGUAACAUUGUAUUUCGAAGAUAUAUGAAUCUUUUAUGGAUUUUAACAACGUUCAACGGUGGGUCCAAAGUCUUGUUAUGAAGUUAUUGUUUAAAAUUAGAGUAAAAUGUAACAAUUCUAUUGAUCAAGGGGUAUAAUCUUUCGGUGCUUUAAAUAUUGCGUCAAAUAUUGAGUAAAAUUUCUCUUUACGGAAUUCUGAAGACAUAAAUACUUGGCCUAGUGUGUCAAAUAUGCUUGUUGUUUCUUGCGUGUAACGAUUUAUUCUAACUUUUGUUUUCAAGACUUUCUGAAGUCUGGUGCCUAUUUUAAUGACAACAUACUUGUAUAUAGGGAAAUAUAAUGUUUACCAUCAGGAGGGUACAUCCCUGGUUUACAUAAGCAAUGAUUGUAAAAUAAUUUUGUAUGAUUUUUCAUUGUUUUUUUUUGUGCUUUUUCUUAACAGUUUAACAGUGUUCUCAUAAAAUUUCCAAAUUCCUUUUUUAUAUUUAAUUAUAAUUUCUGAGAUAUUUGGUGUUUGUAUUUGUAGUUUUUAUUUGUAAUUUUUACUUAUAAUUUUUAGAUUUUUCGUUUGUAUGAUGUAACGUGAAAAACAUAGAAAAUAAUAGUCCCACUCUUGUGCA